GUCAAUAGAAGCCUACGACUGGCUGUAUUAGUAAACACCAGGCACAACUCUAUCAACAAAAAUUAUACCAACGGAGGAACAAGUCUAAAAUACCUUCUGCGGUCCAGUUACACUCACAGAACUGCCGCAUUUUUCUUCUCGCCCGUCUCAAAUAUCAGAAGAGCAGAGAGUAUCUUCAGUGCAGUGCGAGGCUGGGGCCAAGACCUAACCCUGCUUUCUCAACGCCAUAACGUUGACGCCCAACUGGCACCGUUUCUUGGUCAACAAAGGCAAAAUAACAUUGUCUUGAGGUUAGCUACAGAUAAAUAUAGCUAUGGGCAGUCUGAGCGAAUGCGGUAGCGCUUUGCGCAACGGGCGCUAUGCCUCUAUCAUUCUCUCAAAGGACCCCGGUAGCGAGUCACAACCCGCUCCGAACUCUACCUCCGGCUCCGUAUCGGAGCCAGCUCCGGUGGCCGGGGCUCUGAUACAAGCUUUCAUUACUCGGUUGACAUCCGGAUCUGAUACCAAGACUCAAUCUGCCACAGAUAUUCCCCGAGUUCUGGCCAUUGGCCUUGCUACCUUGAACGCCUUCCUUCAAGUCAACGUCACAGGUCCUGUUCUUCCGGAGUCAGCGGCCCUCAGUACACUCUUCACCAAGGCAUGGGCUAGUGGGCAGUCAGAUGAUGCAAACAAGACUCACGCUCACCUUCAUAAGGCUUGUCUUGGCUAUCUUGAAGUUGACGGCGUCUCACCAUAUGCCUACAUCCCUCACCUGGAACUCUUCGCCCUAGCGAAAUACAUCAUCACACAGGAGCUAGGUCAAGCCGACAAUGAUGUAGUGGAAAUACUUUCUGAGGAAAAGCCAAUCAAGAGCAGUCUUGCUUGGACACAGCUUCGAGUUAAUGUCUGGCAUUACAAGCUCCUGACCCAGCCUACCCUUGGACAUGGAUCCAACUUUGCUCGAAGCUCCCAGUGGAGCGACGUGCCAACGUUGGCAUCCCAGAUUCUGGACGGAAUCGAUAAUGUGAGGUCCAAGAUCCUUGGAGAGGAGGUAUGGGCAUCAGGUGAUGAUGGUUGGAGUCGCGAGGAGAAAGUGCAGUUCCUUGUUGAAGCAGCCAACAACUACAUUUUACUCGGCCGCGACGACAAGGCCAAGGAAGCUAUCAAGGAGGCCUCCCAAACAAGCGGCCUAGAGUAUGCACUCUCAGGUGCCCUUGGAAAGAGAACCAAAUUCCAAGAAAAUAGCAUCAGCCAGCUUGUCGUUUUGGCCAAGAGCGGUUCGGAACAGCGAGUGGACGACGCUGAAGAGGAAGUCAAGCCAGAUGCUCUUCAGCUCAAUGAUGACACUCUACAUGAGGAAAUCCAGUUUACCAAGGAAACGAACGGAAACGAUAAGAAGGCCUCCCUUCCCGCUGCCCUGGCUGAUCUUUCACCUGACGACCAGCCUCAACUCUCGCCUCUUGACCAGAUCAUUCUCCUUACUGAGGCUACGCUGAAGGAUGCUUUCUCACCCAUUGAUACCCUGACUUCAGCAGAGGUGCUGCCAUACGCAGUAAGAGUCAUCGGAGACAAGUCUACGAACUGGCAGAUUUACACUCAGGCAUUGCUGGUCCGAUCCAGAAUUGAGGUCCACCGCAGCCGAACGGUUGAGCGAGGUGUUCUUCAGCUUCAGGCUGUGGCAGACCAAGUACUCACUGAUACCACAGCGGAAGCCCAACAAAAAGCCGAGGCAAAGGAGCAAAACUCGGAGACAGACGCUCCAGCUAUCCAGAUCACUACCCCGAGUGAAGUUUCUGUGCCUGUUCAGCCCAAGCCAACAUCUUUCUUGCCUGCGCCCAAGGCCUCUGAGUCUGCACCAGCUCACGUACGUCUUGAGUACAUUCACGCUAUUUGCUCACCUCCUCGAUGGCAUCUCGAGUCAGAGUUGGCCUACGCUUGGGCUGGUAUCGGCUCUUUGGCUUCUGCCCUCGAGAUUUUCAAGCGCCUUCGAUUGUGGGCUGAAGUUGCACUCUGCCUUGCCAGCGCCGCUGCGUCAGAGGACGAAGAUGGCCGUGGCAGUGGUGGCGAGGAGAAGGCCAAGGGAAUCCUUCGAUGGAGACUGUUCCACCGCACUGGGGACACAGCAUCACCUUCAGAUCCCGAUGAUGAGGAUAUCGGUGAAGACGUUACACUUCUCAAGGCCGCAGACUUCUCUGGACCUGAGCGCGAUCCUCCACCACCCAAUGCUCCCCGACUGUUCUGUAUUCUGGGUGACAUCGAAAAUGAACCAUCUUAUUAUGAGCGAGCGUGGGAAAUCUCCAAGCACCGAUACGCCAGAGCUCAAAAGUCUCUCGGUGAGUACUACCUACAGAACAAGGAAUGGGAGAAGGCCCGUGAGGCCUACAAGAAGGCGACAGCUGUCAACCGUUUGAGUCCUGAGAUGUGGAGCCGUCUUGGAGAUAUCAGCUUGCGACUUGCGCAGUUUGGCGAUGCCGCUGAGGCAUUCAAUCGUUCUAUUGGAUCUGCAAGCGACACAGCCGGAGGUGAAGAUGCACGAACCUGGAGUAACCUGGGAAGUGCUCUCUGGAGUCUUUACUGUGAGGUUAUUGCCGACGCCAAGAACAACCCUACUCCCGUAUCAGAAGCCCCUGCGCCUGUCCCUGCAGAGGACGAGGAGGACGACGUUGCUCUUGCCGCUGCGUUUAAGCCUUCAGAUCGCGACCCAGCUACGCUUCUGGCCCAGUCCCUGGCGGCCUACAAGAGAGGUGCUUCCAUCGCCCACGAUAACUGGCGAAUCUGGGAUAACGUACUCACACUGGCUUCGCGUGUGCAGCCACCCGCUAUUCCCGACAUGAUCCUCGCUCUCAAACACAUCAUCAAGGUCCGCAAGUCGGAAGAUGCUCUCGACGCGGAUGUUCUCGGGGCAUUGCUUCAAGACGCCGUACUCUCCGUGGAAAAGCCUUCAAGUUCAGGCGUCUAUGAACCUCCCCGUGGCACACCAGAGCGAUUGGUGAUGCGUCUCUUUGAAGAGGAAGUCGUCCCCCUCAUCACACAGCGUUCUGAACUCUGGACUCUGGUCUCACGCCUACGCGCCUGGAGAAGGGACUACGCAGGCGCUAUUGAUGCAGCAGAGCGAGCUUGGCGUGCAGCCGUAGGAUCCUCAGGUAGUGGCCUUCUGCCCGGCGCAGCAGCCACGACAGCCGACGAGGCGCGAGAUUGGACUGUUGACGAGGGUGCAUGGACUAUAGUUGUGCAGAGAACUGACGAGCUGGUGUCUGUGUUUGAGAACUGGGGUCCUUCAGUUGAGUCCAUUGGCAGUAAGUGGAAGGGCAAGGCAAGAAGCGCUGUAAGGAGUGUAAUGGGCCGAGGAAAGGAGAGGUGGGAGGGAAGUGAGGGUUGGAAGACCUUGGAGACUUUGAUGAAAGGAUUAAGAAUCUCCUCCUGAGGAUACAAUUUGGGCAUGAAAAAGACCUGGCUAGGUCAUGUAUCGAGCAUGAUAGAAAAGAGUAGAAUGAGCUUCUGAUAGAAAAGGCCGGAAAUGGAAUGUUCAAACUGGUACUUCGGGUCUUAACUUUCCCGAACGAUUUGUUAAUUGAACACAACAAAAGACUCGCAAUCACUGGAAAUAUUCACAAGGUGACAUGUAUGGGAG